AUUGCGAAUUGCAAUGCGCAAGAAGGCGCCCCUCUUUGCCUCUCCCUUCUAGGAUAGGAGUCGGACUACCGUUCUUGUAAUUACAAGCUUUCCUUCCUUCCUCCAACCUUUCAGCUUCAAGGUGCCCCACAAAGACCUUCGCACGACCCUUCCCAUCUCAUAGCGUUCAGUUUGAAUACCUACAGUGGCAUUUUACCAAUUGAUAGAUCAACGCGAUCACAUUCCAGUAGAAUCAGUCAGGAGAAAAUCGCUCUUAUUCUCCCAGAAGAUCAUCAAUACUUUGCUGCAACCUCCUUCUGCAAACAGCUCCUACCAUUCCGCUCCUGAGCAAUGACUGUGCAAGAAGUGGCGCAGGCAGAACGGCACCAAGGGCCCAUUGCUCCUGCUGCAGAGAUGGAGCAGAUGCACUUGAGAGAAGCUCAGGGAGGCGCGGCUCCUCAGAGGCAGCAGACAGCACACACUGCUUCAGAAAAUGUUCAUCCAAAAGCAGGAGUUGCAUCAGCUGUUGUUCCACAGACCGAAAGCCAAGCAGGGUCAAGCGUUCUGACUGGCGGCGCUGAGAGGAAGCUGGCGGAGCACAACGACUAUGAGGAAGGCUUGCUCAGGGCUGCUCAUGAAAAGAAGCGCGCGCACGAGGCGGAGGCGUUUUUGGCUGCUGAGACGAAGAAGGCGCAGGCUCUCGCGGCCAGGAAGGCGGCUGAUGCAGAUGCAGAGGUGAAGCUGGCGGCGGCGAAAGCGGCGGAGAAACUCGCCAAGACACAGUACAAACUGGAAUUGAAGGUUGACAAGGCCCAUGAAAAGUUCGAGAAGAAGGCGGCAAUUGCAGUGGAACAAGCAGAGUUCAAAAAGGCAGCAGCGCAGGAACACGCAGAAGAGGAGAUUGUCGCAGCGAUGGAGAAGGCAGAGCACGUCCGGGCAGGCGAGGAGGUGUUGAAACCGUCGCUUGCACAGAAGAUAGGAUUGAAGAAGAAGGACUUUUGAGGAGUGACUGGAAGCUAAGCUCGCAAGUAGACAGGUAAAGGUGACUGCGAUUGAACUUCUUACUAUAGAGUCCAUAUUAUACAGGUUUAGAUAAGUUACUGAAGGAGUUUGCAAAAAAGCAUGUUGGGGGUGUCUUUGAUCAGAAUCAUGACAAUUGUCGAGCAUUGCUCCUUAUUUACGACAGUCUUGUUGAAUUUAAUCUAACUGGAUAUUAUGUGCAUUGCAAGGUUGCACCACUCAGAUCAUUCAUUAUUGUCUCUACAUGCUCCCAUGAUGUAGUGACAGCCAAUUCGCACCACUGCAUUUAUCAAGGGCUCUUGGGCAACUUGGAAUUAGAAGGCUUCAUGGGG